AUGGAAAAGCAAGACAUUCGAUGUGGAGGACUCAGUUCAAAUCACGAAGGAUCCUGGAUCACCCUCUACAUGCCGGCAUUGACGGAAGCUAUUUCAGAUCCUCUUCCAGAAUCAGACAUGAAUGUUGCUGCUGUUGAAAUUCCUGAUUUAAUCACGACGUCUGUGCCAAAAAAUUCAGAUGAAGAUCAACAGGAGAAACAGCGCAAUGUUUCCAUCCCUGUUGAAGAUAUCCCUGAUUCCUUCGAUUUCUUUCCUUAA